AUGAAGACAAGGCUUUUAUUUUUGAUCACCGCCGUCGCGCCUUUCGCCUACAGCUGCACCAACCCAGCCGCUGUACUCACCAUGCCGCCGACCUACAACAAGGCCUUCAUUCCUCUGGAGUCGAAUCCAGAAGUGUUCAAUGAGCUCAUAGGAUUGCUUGGUGCUUCGCCCUCACUUCAAUUCGAGGACGUCUUCACCUUGGACGACCCCGCAUUUCUGCCUGAAAAGAUUCUAGCCCUCGUCCUCGUCUUCCCUACCACGCCUACUUUUGAGGCACGUCUGGUGGCGGAGGAGGCCGGCGCCCAGGACUGGAUGGUGGAGCAUAACGAGGAAGAUGAGGAUGCGGUGUGGUUUAAGCAGACCAUCAACAACGCCUGCGGGCUGUACGCCAUUCUCCAUGCCCUGGCCAAUGGCCGUGCCAAAGAUUUCCUCAGACCGGGAUCGCUGCUGGAUAGCCUGUUAGCCGUCGCUGCGCCCAUGGAUCCUGCCCAGGCAGCCAUGGUGCUCGAGGGCUCCAAAGAACUCGAAGAGGCCUACGCCUCCAUUGCCGCCAAGGGCGACACAGCUGCACCGGAAAGUGCGGAGGAUGAAGUGUAUUACCACUACAUCUGUUUCGUCAAGUCGCCCGACACUGGUCAUCUAUAUGAGCUGGACGGUGAUCGCAAAGGGCCCGUCGACAGAGGCGUCCCGGACGAGGAGCAACGAGUUGAUCUUGGCGAAAAGUCGAUAGGCAUCGUUCGUGACUUUAUAUCAAAAGGGGGGGAGAACAUCGGUUUCAGCCUCAUGGCGCUGGUGGAGAAGGCAUAG